AUUUAAACAAUGAUUUCUAAAGCCUAGCUGCUCCUGGUGGUGUUAGACAUUAACCAGAGAUGAUUUCCUUUUGUAGCUGCAGAGGUAUAUUCUAAGAAGAUGCAAAUUUAAGGAGACACAAAACAUAAAUAUCUCCGCCAUUAACCCACAAGCUCCUCCAUGAUUUAAUCACCACAAUGCUGGGAUGAUCACGCAGUGCCUCACUUUAAUCCUCAUAAACUUGAUCUUCUGACGUGAGACCUGAUCCCCUCUCGUGGCAGGCAUCUGUGCUGCAUCGGCAGAGGAUGCAGCUGGUUGUCAUGGCAGCACUGCUGUCACUGGCGGGGGCGGGGCCGGGCUGCAGCUCCAGAUGUCAUCUGACCACCAUUCCCAUCCCUGUGGAGAGCUGUAGGGGCACCGAGUACAUCCUCACCAACAUAUGUGCAGGACAGUGUGAAACUGAGGCUGAAAACUUAAUCGACUCUGAUGAGUUGCCUCUACAGAAAAGCUGUAACGGGGACUGGUCCUAUGAGGUGGCACACAUUAAAGGAUGUCAAGUGGGUGUCCGCUACCCCGUGGCCAGAAACUGCACCUGUAGGAAAUGUAACGGAAAUAACACAGACUGCGGGCCCUUCCGUGGAAACAUAGCCAACUGUCUGUCCAUUUAGAGACACUUAUCAUCCUU